CGUUUGACAACGGUGAAAUGUCAAAUAUUUUAAAUUUGUUAACGCCGGUCCGUUGAUGUGAUAAUUUAUUUUUGUGAAAAUGUCUGCUUUUUGUGACUUUCCCGAUUUGCCUCAAAGAAACGAGACAGCAUUCUGCAAACUUAACGAAGUAUACUGCUGCGGCAACAUCCGAUACGGAAAUGUCACAACAUUCACUAAUGCGACGAAAAGUCACCCAGUUAUCAACGUUACGAGGGACGUACACCACAGAACAACGGACGAAAAUAUCUCCAUGUAUGUCGAUGUAGACGAUCAUUUAUUGAAGAAAAUAACCAGUGUGUGGUACAAGCAAGGGUUUUUGGAGGCUCUAAGCGUUGCUGCGGAUCCGAACGUGAACCGAGAGCGACCGCUACUCGCAGUAACUGCAUCGUACAUAUUAAAAGUGGCAAAUGUGUUCACAACAUUUAGGUAUUUCCUGCAACCUCAUUUAAAAGACAUUGGACCCAAGAUUGUGGCCAACUAUUCUAGGAGUAGGAAUUGGGGCAAUGUGCCAAUUAAAUGUCUGGCAUGGCAUCCCCAUACUACAAAGAUUGCGGUGGUUACAGCUGAUGAUAAUAUAAGGAUAUAUUGCUCAGAUACAUCAUUUGUUUCUACAUUGAAGUGUAAAACACAGGGACAUGUGUCUUCAGUAAGUUGGAGGCCUUUCUCAGCUUCUGAGUUAGCUGUUGGAUGUGAACAGGGAGUGAUUGUGUGGACUGUGGACCCUAACUCAAUGUUUACUAAACCUUCAUCAAGCAAUGCAGUGUUAUUGACAAGACCAGGUCACAGCCCAGUGACAGAUGUGAGCUGGUCUCCGAACGGUGACCUCCUUAUCAGCUGCAGUGGAGCAGACACCUCCAUGCUCAUGUGGGAUGUGGCCAUGGAGGUAGCCGUGCCUUUGAAGAGGGUGGCAGGUGGAGGCAUAGUCUUCGCACAGUGGUCAUUUGAUGCUGGUCAAGUGUUUGCUGCUACUUCAUCCAUUAUAUUUAGGGUGUGGGAUACUAAAAACUGGACCCCGGAGAGAUGGUGCGCGCGCGGCUGUCGCGUGGUGGCGGCGUGCUGGGGGCCAGAGAAUAUACUCCUGUUUGCUGCCAAAGGAGAGCCCAUGGUCUACGCUCUCACCAACACUGGUCUUCUUAGCGGUUCACAAACCAGCAAGGCUGUUCCCAUCUUAGAUGUAGCUAGAGUGGAAUUAGCAUCGGGUGACAUAGUUGGUGGGCCAAUAUUGGACAUGUGCUGGGAUCCCACAGGGAAGUACCUGGCGCUGCUGUUCGAAGAGUCGCGUUUGAUCGCCGUGUUCUGUACCACGCAUAUUAUGAUGCAGUUGAAGAUUACACCAUGUUGCUUUGUAACAGGCAUAGAAGAGGAGUUACCCACUACAAUGACAUUCCAGCAGAAUUUCACUGAGGGUGCUUGUUUAACAGUAGCAUGGUCCAGUGGGAGAGUACAGCAUUUCCCUAUAGUGUAUACUGACUCUUAUUAAUAUGUAAAUAAGGUAGGUUAAUCUUGUAAAUAUAGUUUUAAAUAUAUAUUCAGAGAUGGCGUUGUGUCAAAAAGUUAAGUUAAAAGGAGUAUUUUUUUAACUGGUUCUGAGUUUAAACUGAUAGGCAUUCAAUGCGACUUGAGGGUUAUGUCACAAGAAAGAUAAAACUCCAGUUUGGAUCCAUAAUAUUGCUUGUUUCUAUCGAAUAUUAAAGAAUUUGUAAACAUAAUAUUGAAUACUUAUUGUUGAAGCAGGGCCUUAACUUAUUGAGUAACACUGGCAUUAUAAAAAAAUAAAUAUAUUGGUAAGAUGACCUUAACAUAAGUAAAGAAAAUCAUUGAAAAAAAUUAACUCUGGUUGAUGAAAAUUUGUUAAAAAUAUCAUUUGAGUGGACCCUAGAUGAUACUCAUGUAUUCAUCAUUUAUUGUUAUUUGUAUUAAAAAAAACUAAACUGCCAAUUUAAAGAAAAUUAGAAACUAUACAUAAUUAUUCCUAAGAUAAAUUGCUAAUUAUUAACAAUGGCUGAAAUUGAUAAAUGAUGCCUUAUCUAUCUUAUGAUCUAUCUUGAGAACAAACCAAGAAAAAUAAAUCUUCGUCAUGUUUAACAAAUUUUAUUGUGAUGGUCCAAUUUUGGGGUCAUUUAUUAAUUUCGGUUAAAAUUCUAUAAAACUGCCUUAAUUAUUAUAAGCAAAUAAACAGCCUAUUUCAUCUCAUAUUCCAAUAGUUAUUAAAAAUACUGUAAAGUUAUAUUUUUGUAUUUUUUAAAGUGCAUUUAAAUAACAAUAAACUGACUGAAACAUCGAAUAUAAUAUUAAAUGCGUUUCAAUUCUAUGAAUAUUUUAUUAUCUCCAAUAUUAGCACUGUAGCCAAUAUUGGUUACAUUUCUACGAGAAUCAAUGUUAGUUGUCAAACUGCUACUAAAAUCGUUUCUUGUAGUUCUAGUAAUAUUCACAUUUUUAUAUUUCUCCUUAAUAAUACGCCUUGUGUCUUUAUUUUUAAUUUUACCACCUUUUCCUUGCAAAGUAUUUUUUAGUGUUCCCCUGGGACUUAAUAGUGACUUUUUUAGUUCAUCAUCAAAAGUCAUUUGCACCUUCACAUAUACACUUUUUCCAUCUAGUACAUGCAGAUUUCCCCAAGGAUUUAAAACAUGCUGAGCCCGUCUAGAUAAAUACCUCCCAUUACAUGUAAUAAAGACUGUACAAAUUCUACUAACGAAAUCCCGCGCCAAAUUCCCUAAAUCAACGCUUAAAUUUACAUCUAUAUCUCUCUUCACAUUCAAUAGGAGUCUAAGCCUUAAAGAUUUUAAGUAAAUUUCUAGAUGUUUCUUUAUAUGCCUCUUUACGUGUGCCGUGGUGUUGUUUAUGAUUCGUGUAAGUAUUUUUAUGUUGGCUUCUUUGUUUUUAUUUUCAUUGAGUUUUAUCUUUUUAGUUUCUUUUGCGAAUAUCCGGAUUACUUUUCGUUCGACAGUAUUGCUAACGUUAUGGAUAAGAUCGACUACUGAAUCUUUCUCGACGCUGUGAUCAGACGUUACGUCUCGUGAAUACAUUGCGGCGUAGUUUCUGAUAGCACUCACAGCUGUAUCGUUAAGGGAAUUGUAAAAAUCUGUCAUAAAUAUAGUCAAUUCAUUGGAACAUAUUUGAAAAUCUGCGCAUUCGUCUGCAUCAUUACUAUUG